GAUUUAGGCGGGCGGCCCGGCACCUUCAUGCAGUCGCUACUUGACGCCGAGUGGCGAACAUCAUCAAGAAUUUUCCGCAGCAGCCUUGUGCUUGUCCGAUUCCUGUCUUAGCUAGGCUUGUCAGUGCAAACCACGACUGCUCACGUCUAUCUGGGCGUCUGAGAUGUUUGGAUCCAUCUUGACCGCGAUUGGGGUUUUGCAGGCAGGCGUCUCAUCCGUUUCCGCGAGCAGCUAUUUCGGACACCGGCUCACAAUUGUCCAUGCUGUCAAAGGCGUUCAUUCGCAGUCAACUGGGUGGUCAGCUCCUCGCUUCACCUUUUGUCCGAUGUUCGACUCGGAACGGUGCUUCAAGAAGCAUGUGCAUGUGUAUGUCUGGGUGAGGGGUGUCUCGUGCGAUGCUCGGUUGACUGCGAUACUUGUGUUGCCUUCUUCGUCUGCAACCGUUCGCAGAAGGUUUCCGCGUGAUGCCGCUCCCACUCAUCUCUUCUAGCUCGGAAACGCUUCAACGGUAUGAUGGGAGAUGGGUUCGAACGCGAA